UUGGUGGUUAGUCGUCUGCUAGAGGUUUUCCGCUGCUGUUCAGAGUUCUGCCUGCUGUGCGAAACGAAACACGAUCUCGGCUGGGGCGUGGGUGCUAUUUUUAUCAUGUGAAUCUGUUCAGUAUUUUUAGACGUCGACGGUCUAAUUUUAAAAUAAAUUUGGAACUGGUAGUCGGAACGAUGGAGUAAUAUGGCCGACUUGGCGGAUAAAAUCGACGACCUGAUAUGUAGUUUUGAAGGUGGUGGCGAUACUACAAUGGAUACAGUGGCUAUGCUAAUGUUCGGUUGGAUGGUGUUUGGUCUUUUUGUUCUUGGUAUUUGUAAAUUCAUCUAUGCAAAGUACAUUCGUGGUGGAAAUUGGAAGGGGAGCAAUGCGGUACCCCCAAUAACCACAACUGCCAGUGUCAUUGAUGAACAUCCAGUCAAAGCCACAGCUGCCAAAGAGUUAAGAAGUUCAGCUUCUUCUGGAGGGGCUUAUGUCCCUCCUACCCCUCCUGUUCGCAAGAGAAUUGGUUCAACGAAACGAGGCUCUUCAGUUGGGCCCUUGAAAAAUGCCCCUAAGAUAUCCCCUGUAACUUUGCCGCCCCCUGCCACUGGUCCAGACCCCGAAGCGGUGCAUUGGGUCAACCAAGUAUUUGCCUGGUUAUAUUCCGAUCCUGUUACGCUCAAUGAACUGUUGGGAGUUUGGGUCCAAUCCCUAAAUGAGUCUACAAGGAAGUCGGUAGCAGAGGCUGGUGUUGGAGUGGAGUUUGUUCGUAUUUUACCUGAGACUCAUGCUCCAACUCUUACAAAUAUCUUUGCUGAGUGUGAUUCAAGAGAUGAUGUUACCAUUACCUGUGACUGUGAUGCUACACCUGCUCUUCAGCUUAAAGCUUUUCGUCAGAAAGGAGAGAAGGUGGAAGUAUCCCAUUAUCGAGUAAAUGUGAACAGAUUUCGAGCACGUUUAAAUAUUGUUUGCAUCACUGAGAAACUACUUGCUGAUUUGAAAUGUGAUGGCUGGCCAGAAAUUAAAGUAUCUCUUGCACCAGUGGGCAGUAUAAAAAAUAAUCUAGAUGAACAGCAACUUCAAGAUGUUAUAAUUGAAAUUGUUUCUACUGCAAUUAGAAUGUCAAGCGUUCAUUUGAAUCUUAGCCUGUACCCUGACUUUCCACAUUUUUCGCGACACGCCCUUCAAGCACCUCACGUCCUACCAGUACACUAUGACAGCAUGAUGAGAACACCAUUCUCUGGUGCCGUCCCAGGUGGUAGAUCUGCUGGUGGACGUCGACUUCUCGUCAAAGUUAUUAAAGCUCAGGGCUUAGGAGCCAAACAAGGCUGUAAGGAACCUUAUUGCAUUGUCGAAAUGGAUGAACCAGCUCAGAAGUACCAAACUUCUAUGAAAAAAGACACAGACAGUCCUGUAUGGGAUGAACACUUCCUCUUUGAUGUCUCCCCAAAUACUGCAGAGCUGCUCUUUGAGAUUUAUGACAGAAGUGGUCUCACUCAAACAACUGCUUCAGCUCGAACUGGCAAAUUUUUGGGGCUGGGUAUUGUGGGAGUAGAAGAACUGCUCAUAAAUCCAAGUCAACGACAAGUAAUAUCUCUACAGUCACGCCCCUACGAGGCUGACCCUGUCUCUGGCACACUAACAGCUGAGUUCCUGUUUAUCGAAGGAGCUGACAUUCCUGCUUUUGGUGGUACACCAUACAAAUUAAAAGAAACGCUGAAGACAACAUCGCCAUCAGGAGCAGUUAUCACCACCACUAAAACGGUGUUUGCUAACUCUGGAGAGCACCAACUAUCCAAUGGUGGUGAACGAGUAACUGAAUCCGCAUUGAAGGAACUUGAGCUUCAAAGCAGAGGACAACCUUUGCAGACAGAUAAGAGCACACUUAUCAUUCAUAGCGUUCAGCGGCAGGGACCUCGUCAACUUGUCAAGGUUGAACAAAGAAAGAAUGGACGCUGGCAUGAAGUUGAUCAGUCUGGUUUUGGCCUGCAAUCUCCUCAGCAAGUUGCUUUGCAACAGCAGCAACAGCAGCAACAGUUGCAGCAGCAACAACAGCUUAACACCACCCCACAUGUAGGACCUGAUGGAGAUCAUUUAACCAGCACUGAUGACCGUGGUCGCAGUCGUAGGAAAAAAAGAGACUUUUUUGGUACAAUCAAGAGGCGGUUGAACCGCUCUAAGGUUCGCUCAAAAUCUGUUGACCCGGGAGAUAAUGAAAACAGAGACCAAUCUCCCAGUGCUUUAAGUCGAUCAAUAUCAGCUGAUCGUGCACAUGAUGGUUCACAACACUCCUCAUCAGAUCAUUGGAUAAUAGAAGUUCGACAUGAUUCACACUCCUCACUGAAUGAUUUAGAUGGUUACUUAACUGUGCCUGGACUCCGUGCCGAUUCAACUCGUUCAAGUUUAAGUGAGGCUUCUGGUGUUAGUGGUGCAUCCACUCGAACUUAUAUAAAUGAAGCAUCCAAUCUAGUUUUGGAAACUUUGGAGAAUGGCAUUCACAAGUACUACUUGGUUCCAUUAUCGUUAGCUCAGAAGACAAAGUGGAGGAAGAAAGGUACUAAACUUCAUAUUUUCAAUGAUCACACUUUCAUUGCUAAGCAUCUGACAGGAGGAACGGUGUGUCAAAUAUGCGGCAAGACUGUGGCUCGGCGCAUUGGAAAACAGGGUUAUGAAUGCAGAGAUUGCUUACUGAAGUGUCAUAAGCAAUGUCAUGUCAAAGUGGACACGACAUGCCCCAACUCCAACAUUCAAAAUAUUGAACUUCAGAGGUACCCAAUUAUAAGGUCUCUCCUCCCUGUACUGAGUGAAUAAAUCGUUGCUGCCAUAUGACAAUGCAGAGUCCUCAACUGAUUCGCCAAGUUCUCACAAGACAAAGCAAGACCAAGCUGAAGAAGAUUGAAAAGUUAUCAUAGGCAGCUGCCUUUCUGAAUCUCUCUUUAUAUCUCUCUCUUAUUUGAAAAUUCCAUUUCAUCUUUUUUCCCCUUUACUUCAAUGCUCAGCAAUAUUUGCAGUCGAAUGCCUUUCAAGUAAUUUGAUUUUCUAUAUUGAUUCCUGCCUCCCAGUUUUAAUAACGCUUUGAAGUAUCCUUACUAAGCUUCCAUGUCAGAGAGAGGACCUUGUGUCAAAUUUUUAAUACUAACAGUUUUAGUAGCAUAGCAUGAUGUAAGAUUUUGUGAAACAAAUGUGUCAAAUGCUACAAUUUAAAGGUGGAAUUGUUAGUCCCAUUUAAUUGUGUUACCUGCUCACAGUUUUGUACUUAAUACAAUCUUCAGGUAUAGUGAAGGUUUAUCUUAUCUUACUCUUUGAUAUUGUGAUUUAUCUGAGACUGAAAUUCCAGAUAAUUUGAGUCAAAUUCCAAAAACCUAUGAAAUCAAAGGUUAACUGAUAAGGUAGAUGACUUUUGGUUUCUUGAAACGUGUGCUUUUGUCAUGAUGCACGAAAUUAACUCACUUUGGUUUUAUUUCUGGACAAUACUUAAGUUUCUAUAAACAUUUAAUCAUUGCGAUGUAGUGCACGCAUCCUAUGUUUUGAGUUCAUUUCCUUUGAAAUGAUGAAAUGACCUAAAUGAGUUGUUUGACUGUUUCAUCAUUUGAUGACUCAUGAUCAGUCUUACCACAUAUUCUCUAUUCAAAUAAAUUAUCUGUUCAUUGGCUUUCAAUGACAUAGCAAAUUAUAUCAUGUUCUUAAGACUUAUAUUUUUCGCUUGAAUCUAACUUGUACUUAAAUCUAAACUACUACGGAGCCCAAUAUCCUGCCCGGGAGUUGUGGUUCCUGUAUCUACUGCUAUUGCAGAAAUGCUGAAUUCACUAGUGAUAUAGUGUACAGUGCUAGGUUGUGUUAUAUACCAGCAGCUCUUAUCUUGUUGAAGUGUAUCAGGCAAUAUGGUAUUGAUUAUUACUUUUAUUGUUUGGUGACAUUUUAUUUGAAGUGUCACGUCUUCACCAUGCGUACAAUGUAUAAUACUUCUUACUGUUCUUUUGUUAAGUACUGUGCGUACAAUGUAUGAUAUAUAUUUACUUUUGUUUUUUUGGUGCUUUUGUUAUGAUUAUGUUGAUUUUAUUUUUUAAUUUCUUGUUUCUGAAGAUCUUGAUAUUCCCUCUCUCAUAUUUCAAUUUUAAUCCUUACUGAACUACUAUUCCAUCGGUGAAGAUAAUGACUCAUCGAUACCAUGACAUGCAUAUUUGACUCUGUUUUUUCCUUUAUUUUUGCAAUCUCAUAAUGCAGCAGUUUUGCAUUUUCUGUUUCACUGUGUAAUGUGGCAUGAGUUACCAAAGUCUUAAGUCUUGUAUUAGCAAAGAUCUGAAUUAUUUCCUUUCUGCUCCAACGAUUUAUCGUGUAUCUUUUUUAUGUCUUUCAAACAAAAAGGACUCUUAGAUACUGUGUGGUUACAAAGGGAAACAGUAGUGUAUGAAUUAAAGAGUAUGACAAUGAAUAUUUGUGUUAUGUCCAAGAUUAUGUCUGAUCCAAUAUAUCUGGAUUUACCAUUUGAUUUUAAAAGACAGUUUAUUAAAGUAAAAAGUUUUUAAAGAUUUUUUGGUGUUAAAUAUGUGUAUGCUAUGUAAGUUCUAUUUGUUUCUUUGUUUAUUUAUUGUUAUGUGAUGAUGUUCCAAGUGUUAAUAACAUUGAUUUUAAAGUAAUUUCAAUAUUAAAAAAAAACUGUUAAUGACAUGAAUGAAAUUAAUGUAGAAGACAUCGAUUAUCCCUGUUUGUGAUAAAAGUGAGUGAGUACAUAUGUACCUCUGAAACCAUAAUUUACCUACUGUGUGAUUAUGGUUUUAUUGAACUUGCCUCCCAUGCUCAUUUUUUAACAUCAAUUGCUGAUUGUGUUGCAUAAAGCAGCAUUGUAGAGAAAGCAGGUAUCUCCAAGAACCUUCUUUUGUACUUUGUGUGGGUUUGUUAAAUGUUCUCUUUGUGUUGGGCCAAGUAGUUACACACAGUUUUCUUAUGCAUUGGUACGUAAAUUUUUAGUUGACUUGUUCUUGAAUCUCAAGUUGAGGGUGGGGAAGUAUUGGUCUACUCUCAUCUACUUAUAAUAAACAAAUCAACAGCAAUCAAUCAAGUGGAUAAUUCAUGUCGCAUUGUUGAUAUGGAAAAACAACAUUUUAAAUAUCCAGACUCUUUCUAUCACUCUGCAUUUUAAAUGUGAUUUGUCUAUUUCAAUAGAUUCUUUUCAAUCCAUUUUAUUAAAGUUUGUCACAUGAAAGACACAUGCAUGACAGACCAGGAUUAAUACUUUAUCUGUAGUGUGCCCUCUGAAUUUUGUUUUGUUAAUUGUUUUUCUGUGUAAUCCCUAUGUAACCCAUGAUUAAGAGAAUAGAGAAUAAGCGAUUGCAAUUGGAUAGGAAAAGUGAACCACAAUGCCCUUACACUAUCUAUCUCAAUAUUUGCAUGCUGUGGAAUUUCUCUACUCAUUGGGUGCCAUGUAUCCCUCUUUGUUCAAAUGCUUCUGUGGUGCUUGUAUGUUCCCACUAAACUAGUCAAAACUAUGAGGUGUAUGUAUAUUGCUGGUGACGUGGUGAUGGCUUUGCUUGAAGACAAUCUUGUGUCCACUGCAACUGUACUUUCUGGAAUCAAGUACUACAUGUUUAAAAAAAAGAAA